AUGGCGAUGACGUCAUCAUCAUCAUCGCGUCGCACGCGUCUCGCGCGUCCGCGCCGCGCGCUUCGCGUCGAGGCGUCGCGGGAGGAGGAGCUCAUGUCGAAACUCAUGUCCAUGAUCGGCGUCGGGGGCGACGGGAUCGUGUCCGCGGCGGAGGCGUUGCCGGGACGGGCGGAGGCGAUGCGGACGCCGGAGGCGCACUACGUCUUGCGACCGAAUCGAAUGACGGCGCCGUGGCCGGAGGGACACGAAGUGGCGGUGAUCGCGAGUGGAUGCUUCUGGGGGAGCGAAAAGGGGGCGUGGCGCAUCCCAGGGGUGUACUCCACGGCGGUGGGGUACGUGGGCGGACACACGAAGAAUCCGACGUACGAAGAGGCGUGCAGCGGACGAACGGGACACACGGAGGGGGUGCAGAUCGUGUUCGAUCCGAACGUGGUGUCGUACGCGGAUAUUCUGGCGUUAUUUUGGACGUCGCACGAUCCGACGCAGGGAAUGCGACAAGGGAACGAUCGCGGGACGCAGUACAGGAGCGGUAUUUACUGCACGACGGAUGCGCAGUUGAAGAUGGCGCUCGACUCCAAGGAGGCGUACGAACGCGCUCUGAAGGCUUCGGGACGCGGCUCGAUCACGACUGAGAUCAAGGGCCCGGGUGACGUGUUUUACUACGCCGAAGCGUACCACCAGCAAUACUUGGCGAAACCCAACGCUCGACCGUAUUGCUCCGCGCAACCGACGGGCGUCCAGAUGCCCGAGGACUGGUUGACGGCGAACGGCGCCAAGUUCGGCCCGGGCUUCCGCGCCGAGUACGGUCCGCGUCCGGGAUGCACCAUCGGCUUCCCCAACGCCCCCGUCUCCCUCGAGGAAGCGCUCGCCGCGAACUAA